AUUUUUGUAUUUAAACUUCACUGGUUUUCAUUCGAAACGAAACGAUUAAGAGAAGAAAUGUGGCGGAUGGAGAAGCCGAAAAAAAAGGUAGGAGGCGGAGGACGACGAGGAGGACUAAGCAGCCUUCGGUAGACAGUGGAGCGCAAAAAGACGCUAGAGAAAGCUCAUCCGUUCGCCUCCCCAUUGACGUCAGUCCAAUAUCACGUGAUCCGGCGGCGACCAAUCGGCGCGGCGCUGCUGGAGAGAGCUGGCUUGGUUUACAACAAGAUAGGGGGAAAUACGGAAUAAAAGGAAAACGAGCCAGCGAGCUUGUAAUGAGCACAAAAUCCCCGAGAGGAAGCGACACCCGCCGCAAUUGGAACUUUCUUCCCCUUUCGUCCUUCUCCCCGCGUUCUUUCUGUCGCUGGAUUAUUCGUUUUGGCUCGCCAGCGGACGGAAUGGAUAAGGCCAUGGCCCUAACAUACUGAAUCGCUCUUUGGCAGCGGAGGGGAGUCGAGAGACGCGGCACCGCGGACACAUUUCAUGGGGCAUUGUGCGGGGGAGUAAAAUGGUGGAUUGUUUACAGUGUGUCAUCCAAACCUUCCCCCGUGUGGAUACCCUGCCAUAAAAGUGCUCGGCCUCGUCUCUCUCCGGUUAUUCGUCGUGUUCGAGCACCACUAGGUAGGUAGGUACCCCCCCUCCCCCAGCGCGAUCAGACACUGCUCAUUUUUCAUAUACAUGUAGAGGUGUCUUGCCGUUUGGGGGUGUCUUGUGUCAAGCGAUCUCGCUCCUCUCCUCAUUUCGGGAAACACCGCUGGGUUACUGGAUUAUGGAUUUCAACAGCGCCGGCGGAGGCAACGAGCUGCACAACAACCAGUUUUAUCAGUGCGAGGAGAGCAAACCUUUACUGGGGGACAUGUCGGAGGGGAAUAAUAACGCCAAAGUUGCCGCGGGGCCGUGUAAGAGGAGCCUGCAACACUGCAGCAGCAGCGGGAUGCGCUACAAGCUGCUCCACGAGGGCGACAUCCAGGUGUGCGUGGUGAAACACCCUCGCACCUUCCUCAGUAAGAUCCUCACCUCCAAGUUCCUGCGCAGAUGGGAACCGCAUCACCUCACGCUCACGGACAGCAGCCUGACCUCGGCCACCCCUACCGGUUACAUGGAGACAUCGUUGUCCUACAGCUCCAUAGAGGACUUGCAGCUGCUUUCAUGGGACAAUGCACCAAAGUACUGUGUCCAGCUCAGCUUCCCUGGUGGCACAGUCCUGCUGCAGGCUGCUAACAGCUACUUAAGGGACCAGUGGUUUCACUCCUUACAAUGGAAGAAAAAGAUCUACAAAUACCGUAAGGUUUUGAACAAUCCAAGCCGCUGGGAUGUUGUGCUGAAGGAGAUCAGAGCACUCGUGGACAUGGCCCUGACCUCACCACUGCAGGACGAGUCCAUCCAUCAGGCCCCUCUACAUAUCAUCUCUCUUUUGCUGGCUGAGAACUCUAAUCUCAGCACACAGGAUCACGAGAACAUCAUAGUGGCAAUCGCACCUCUUCUAGAAAACAACCACCCACCCCCAGAUCUUUGUGAGUUCUUCUGUAAGCAUUGUCGUGAGCGACCGCGUUCCAUGGUUGUUAUAGAAGUUUUCACGCCGGUGGUCCAGAGAAUCCUCAAACACAACAUGGAUUUUGGAAAGUGCCCUCGACUGCGCCUCUUCACUCAGGAGUACAUCCUGGCACUGAAUGAACUGAAUGCAGGCAUGGAAGUUGUCAAGAAAUUUGUUCACAGCAUGCACGGGCCAACAGGGCAGUGCCCUCACCCACGGGUCCUGCCAAACCUGGUUGCAGUCUGUCUUGCUGCCAUUUACUCGUGUUAUGAGGAAUUCAUUAACAGCCGAGACAACUCUCCAAGCCUGAAGGAGAUCAGAAACGGCUGUCAGCAGCAGAAUGACCGCAAGCCUCCGAUGCCUCUCCGCCUGCUGCGCCCGGAGCCGCCAAUGCCACCUUCCGCCACCCUGCUCCCUCUCUCCCCCAACCCCGCUCCUCCUCAGCCGCCUCCUCCCGCCCCCCCAAACCCGCCACCGUCGAUCCCCAAAUGCUCUCCAACACCGAGCCUGCCCCUCUCUCCCCCUCCAUCUGUUGUCAACUCGAGUGAGAUCCUAGUGGAGUUGGAGCGCAACAACAACUGCGCCAACACGAAGCGGAAGUCCGAGCAUGACAGUGAACCCAACCUCAUCGACUGUCUUCUGGUCAGCCCAGCCGUCAACACUCUGUCCAUCCAGCUGCCCGCUCAGGCCGACCGUGUGCUUGGGUGCUUUGCUCUCAUCCUAAAGAUGCUGUCUGAUUACGACGACUGGAGACCUGCGUUGGCCAGCCUGUUGCAGCCCAUCCCUUUUCCAAAAGAGGCCCUUGCACAUGCCAAAUUCACCAAGGAACUGAAAUAUGUUAUUCAGAGGUUUGCAGAGGAUCCAAGGCAAGAGGUCCAUUCCUGCCUUCUCAGCGUUCGUUCAGGAAAAGAUGGCUGGUUUCAGCUAUAUAGUCCGGGAGGGGUGGCCUGUGACGAUGAUGGUGAACUUUUCGCCAGUAUGGUUCAUAUCCUGAUGGGUUCCUGUUAUAAGACGAAGAAGUUCCUCUUCUCUUUGGCUGAGAACAAGCUCGGCCCCUGCAUGCUAUUAGCCUUGCGUGGGAACCAGACGAUGGUUGAGAUUUUAUGUCUGAUGUUGGAGUACAACAUCAUCGAGAACAAGGACACCCAGCUGCAGAUCAUUUCCACUCUGGAGAGCACCCAGGUGGGCAUCCGCAUGUACGAACAGCUCUGCGAUCGACAGCGGGAACUUAAAGAACUGCAAAGAAAAGGAGGUCCCACCCGCUUGACUCUUCCUUCUAAGUCCACGGAUGCAGACUUAGCUCGACUGUUGAGUUCAGGUUCUUUUGGGAACUUGGAGAAUCUCAGUCUGGCCUUCACCAAUGUCACCAGUGCCUGUGCCGAGCAGCUCAUCAAGCUACCUUCGCUCAAACAACUUAACCUGUGGUCCACUCAGUUUGGCGAUGCAGGACUGCGGCUGUUAUCGGAGCACCUGGCCUGCCUUCAGGUGUUGAAUCUGUGUGAGACUCCCGUCACUGAUGCUGGAUUACUGGCUCUGAGCUCCAUGAAGAGUUUGUGUAGUCUGAACAUGAACAGCACCAAGCUUACAGCCGACACAUAUGAGGACCUCAAGGCCAAACUGCCUAACCUGAAAGAUGUGGAUGUUCGGUACACAGAGGCCUGGUGAUCAACUGUUCUCGCACCACCUGUAUAUGGGGAGACAGACUCCCAGAAGAAAGCCACUCUGAAGACAGUUCACAAACAAUUUUUUUUCCCGUUGCAUCGUCCGAUAUUUUCAUCAUCCAAGAUGUCAGACAACAAUCGUCAGGAUCAUCUUAAUUCAACGUAUAUGUGAGGAGAGGAUAUAGCAGUGCCAUGACCAGGAAGGACAGUUGCCAUUUUCUCCCCCACAAAGAAAGCUUUAUGGACCUUGUUGCUCCCGUCGCUACUGCUGUCACUGUAUAGUGGAUGCUUUUUAUUUUGGGGGGUGGAUUGGGGGGUUCCGCGGAUGUUCAAGGACCUGCUACACUGUUUUUAAAAAAAAACAAAACGGCUAUCUUUGCUCCCAAUAUCCUUGUGAUAUGUUGUCAGAUAUGUGAUCUGUUUCUAAAGUUUUAUGGGAAAGAGUGAUGCCCACUCAGAACCUUCCACUCGUUUUGUUUUGAAUUGCUCAUGGAUCUCAUGUGACGAAGCGCUUACAUUCCAGCUCUUCUCUGCCCUAAUCCGCAACGUUGCGAAUCAAACGGACGUAUUUUUCUCGUAAUCAGACCCCCCAAUGUGUUGUCCAGAUUGAUUUGCGGGGUCCCUCUUUUCCAAGACUGUGGUUGGCAACGGCACUACCUUUGUGAGUGGUAAGACUGUGCCCGCUUUUCAUUUACCAACAUAUUCAAAGGCAAGACAAAAGGGGGGAGGGGGGGGGUCAGUUUAAAUCGACCAUUUUUUCCAGGCGUCUGCAAUUUCAUAUACUACUGUGUGUUUAUUUGAAGAUGAAUGUCGUCUGGAAUGAUGUUUGAGAAACGGUUUGGGGUCUCUGUAGGAGACUUGAACAGUGAGAGCAAAAUAGGUCCCAUUUUAAUUCUCCAGUGUACAUAUACCGAUCAGCUCCCGUUACUAUUUAAUAGGACUUUUGUGUAGCAGUAGCCUGGCGGUCUGGGAUUACCUCUUAUUUAUAAUUCUCUUUUACUCUCUGGGAUUUGAUCCCGGCAGUAUAGACGUACACUGACUCAAUUCUUUUUCGCUGUUUUGAGUGCUUUGUUUUUGACGCAUAAUACAUGAAGCCAACCUAGACCGAACCCGUUUGUGGAUCUCUCUCUGGAUUAUUCCAACUUGGGGGGGGGGGGGGGGGGUGUCACAAGGAUCUGUUCAUGGAUACCUGCGCACGAGACCACAUCACCAGCUCAAGAGUUUAUGUGUUUUCAUCGGCUCUGUCUUUUGGGCCUUAUUGUUGACUGUUGGACAUGGAGAAAGAACACUUGCCAAAUGUCUUUUUGCAUCCAGCCAACAUGAGCUUCUUCCGCCAGGCCGUUGACGCGGAUCUUGUGGUGCGCUCCCUGUGCAAAAGGUGCGGUCUGACCUCCCGUGCCAAGGUCACACUGCAGACACUUCUUUUCUGCUGUAUUUCAAGUGGUGGUAAUCUUAAAGGUGAUGUGUAAACAAGAUGUUGGGACACAAUUCAUGUAUAUAUUGUGGAGGUGGGCUAUAAAGGUCGAUGGGGGUGAUGGAACAAGACAACUUUAGGCCAUAAUUGUCCCUCGACAUUCCCUCAAAGCAUUCCCUGUGUACUGUGGCAACACUGCAUUCUCCAGUAUAUGGUAAUUGCCCUGCCUCACUGCAAGUCAGCCACUUUUGUCUCGUGUAUUUGGCUCCACAUUGAGACAAAACAUGACGGCUUCGAUUUUAUUUUUUUAUUAUUUUAGUCCGUUUUUGCUCCAAAUGCAUAUAUUUUCCCUCCACGUGCCAAGCCGGAGAAUGCUCCAGGCGGGUGAGAAAAAUCAAAAGUAACCACCAAGAAUAGGAUGCCGUCCACUGCGAGUUACUUUCCUAUUUAUUUGCUGAAAUGCAGUUUUCUAUUUGGUGAGUAGAUUUUGGGCCAUACGCAUCCUUGCUCACUUUCGUAUCCUGUGUAAUGUACAUAGAAUUGUAUAUAGACUCUCUUUUCUCUCUUGUAUUGGAAUCAUUUUUAAACCCUUCUCGUUUUCUUUUCUCUCUUAAUCUUGGCCUUCCUUUAUCGGUGGGCUGGCGUUGCCUUCAUUGAGCAAAUCUGUGUGGUUGUUUUGUUGUUUCACACCAAGUGCACUGUAAUGGAAAUCAUUGUUUUCUUGGCAUCGUAUUUUUAAUCCUACGUUUCCGGCUUGACUGAUUUGAUGACGUAGUUCUGAUGUUUGGUUGGUCUAGUUUUCAGGGUUGUUUUGCAUGUACGUGUCUCAACAUCAUCUGAUAUUUUCACUCUGGGUUGUUUUCUAUAAGGUUUGAAAUUGUGAUAAAGGGUUUGAUCACUAUCUGAGGUUAAGUGUUGAACUAGAGCAAUCACUUUUGUUUUUUUCCCACCGGCCUCUCAUAAGCCGUGACAGAUCUUGUCACGCACUGUAAUUAUUGUUGUCAUUAUUAUUAUUGACAAAACCUAAAACAGUACAAUUAUGGGUGUCUAAAUGUCCAAAGCUCAGAAUUGACAAAACAUAAUGACCACUUCAAUAGAAUAAAUAUUUCAACCAAAAAAAAACACUUUAACCAUUUUAAGCACCCUGUCAUCUGAUAAGAUGAUGAGCUGUCAACUGUAGUAACCGCUGUCCCUGAAAGGGUUCCCAAAUAAAUACCGUAAAUAAAAUAACUGGCCAAAAUUGAUUUUUUUUUUAAAUCUCAAGAUUGCUUUUUUUUUUUUUUUUAAUUGCAAAGAAUUAGAUAACCACUCUCCCGUUUGAAAACAUACUGCUGUGGAUCCAUUUACUGGUUGUGUGAUGAAGGAAUAAAAUAUGUCCCAAAUCACGCUGGUCUCCGCUACUGUCAGUUUUAUUUAUUGUGUUUAUUUUAUUUCAUUUUUAUUUUGAUGACAAUCACUGAACUUUGCAGGUGUUGGUUAUUCGAAUCAAACCAAGCUAUUUGUAUUGCGGACUGCAGACUUGGCAUUGAACAACCUCCUCUUUGUCUGAAAGACAUCAAACAGCAUAUUCUUCGUGGCUGAAUAGGGGCAACUAUUUUUUUUCUUUUUUUUAAUCAUGGUUGUAAAUGAGGGGCAGCCCGCGUUUUGUUAAACAUUCACCUUCGUGUUUGGUCCUAAACGAUGAGAUGUUUGGGGGGGGGUUGUUUGUUUGUUUUCCUUAACUCCCAACUCACAGCGAGUUUGUACUAUUUAGAAAUGUUCUGCGGUUUGUCUGUCAUACAAUGUAAGGAGCCCAUCAGAUGAGGCAACUCUGACUGAAAACGCAAGAAUUUGAUUUUGCAUAAUUCCUUCCUUGUAUUUGUUGGAGGGGAGUGGGGGGGGGGCAUCUGGAAAGAGUGUCGGUACUUUUUUUUUUUGGUCUCUGUCAACAUUGAUCUGCUCCUACUGGGUUGUUGGACUUACUAUUAUUGCUAUUCUUAUCAUUCUUCUUAUUCUUGCUGCUACUGCUCCGUGGCUGUGAUAAAACGAAAGAUCUUCAACAUGAUGUAAAAUAAUUUGAAACAAAAAUAAAUUGUCCGUGAGUAUCUUUUA